AUGGGCGCCUGCUGUUCCGCCGAGGGAGCGGCAGAGGAACAGCCCACUGAGGCUUACGGUCGCGCCUUCGAUGGCAAAAUAAAAGCCAGUGGUGACGAGUCAGCGACCCUCAUUCAAAGCGCUCUGCGGGGAUUUAUGGCAAGAGAAGGCGCUGACGGUGCGGACGCCGCGACGCUCGUUCAAAGCGCGCUGCGAGGCUACAUGGCAAGAGAUGGUGGAGAAGGUGCAGACGCCGCAACCCUCAUUCAAAGCGCGCUGCGAGGCUACAUGGCAAGAGAUGGUGGAGAAGGUGCAGACGCCGCAACCCUCAUUCAAAGCGCGCUGCGAGGGCAGUCGUGUGCGCAGUCCACCACCGCAGAAUAUAAGUCGGCAAGCGCAGCGGGCCACACCCCGCCGUGGAUGUGUGCCGGCGCGGGGUGCGUGAUCUGA